UCAUUUUCCUUUUCCGGGCUUGUCUUCCCAGAAGCUAAACCUGCCUUCUUCAAUUAUUGUGGGCCCGCUUUUCGUUAUUUUCCAACCGUAAAUCUCAGUACGCGGUGGCUGUAAAUGAUUUGUUCAACGUUAAUCUCUAUAUUGAGGAUCAGAUCCAACGGUGUCAAUUAAUUAGUCUACUGCCCUUCAAGUCUCAGCGAUUCAGGCAAAGCUUGUUUUGAUUUGCAUCGAGUCGCGAACAUUGAUAGAAAGAAUCCAAUGGAGAAAAAGAAGGAAUUUGGCAAGAGAUUUGCAGGGAAGGUGGCGAUUGUCACUGCUUCGACUCAGGGCAUAGGCUUUGCAAUCGCCCAGCGCCUCGGCUGCGAAGGCGCUUCCGUCGUCAUCUCUUCUCGGAAACUGAAAAAUGUAGAUGAAGCUGUUGAGAAACUCAAAGCUCAGGGUAUUGAAGUGAUUGGUGUUGUUUGUCAUGUCUCAAAUGCAGAACAAAGAAAGAAUCUCAUUGAGAAGACAGUUCAGAAAUAUGGAAAAAUAGAUGUGGUUGUAUCCAAUGCUGCUGCAAAUCCAUCUGUUGAAUCCAUUUUGCAGACCCAAGAAUCUGUCCUUGACAAGCUUUGGGAAAUUAAUGUCAAAGCCUCUAUCCUUCUUCUGAAGGAUGCAGCUCCUCAUAUGCCGAAGGGUUCUUCGGUGAUUCUAAUUUCCUCGAUUGGUGGUUACAAUCCUCAUGCCUCCAUGGCUAUGUAUGGGGUGACAAAAACAGCUCUUCUUGGGCUUACUAAGGCCCUUGCAGCUGAAAUGGCACCCGAUACUCGUGUAAACUGCAUCGCUCCUGGCUUUGUUCCAACACACUUCGCUGAUUUCAUCACAAACAAUGACGCCAUGAGGGCGUCCAUUGAACAAGGGACAUUACUUAACAGGCUUGGUACCACAGAAGACAUGGCAUCUGCAACUGCCUUUUUGGCGUCCGACGAUGCCUCGUAUAUAACAGGAGAAACUUUGGUUGUGGCUGGUGGCAUGCCCUCUAGGCUCUAGUCUCCACUCUCCAUCUCUUAAACUAUUUAGUAUCUGCUUUUUUUUUUUUUUU